AGUAAUUUUAAUUUUUGUGGUUUAACUGUAAUUUGGGUAAGAGUGUAUAAAUUGUUUUUUAAGUUUAUAGUAUGUAUUGGAUUAUUUGAUUUACAAUUUAAAUUUUGUGCAGGGUAAGGUUAGUUGUUAAGAGGUAUACUAACAACGUAUGUAGAAAAUGGAUUUUUAGGAUUGGUGACUGAUAAACACUAUUUGGAUGUGUGGUUUUAGUUAGUGUUGCUUAUUAGUUUUGUUUUGGUUGUAGAACUAUUUAUGAUGGGGUUUUUUUGUGUGUUUUAAAUAAGGUUUGACACAGUGAGUAGGAAUCUCAUAUGAUUUUUUUUUUAUGGAAACAGAAGUAUAACUUUUUCUGUAGGUUAUGAAAUUUACGGGACUACUUUAUUGACUAUUUACUAAGUCUUGUACUUGAGUAGGGUUUUGAAACUCUGAUUUUGACAUCAAAGAAGAAAAUGAGUAACCGAAGGAGGUAGAGAAGUUUUCUCCUUAUGGGAUAAAAAGGGUUUAACAUAGAAACUGCUUUGUCUAAUCUUCCGUGGGGGGGUGUCCGUGGGACGGCCGGGCCGCGCGCGGGACUCGGCAGCGGGAGCGCAGCGAGCUGUGCGCGUUGGGCGGGAGGCGGCGCCGCCCUCAGCGAGCAGAGCUGAGCCGAGCAGAGCGAGCGGCUCCGAGUUCAGCCGAAACGAACCGAGCUGAGCCGAACCCAGCGAGCGGCUCCGAGUUCGGCCGAACCGAGCCGAGCUGAGCCAAAGAGGCGAAUGCAGCCGAUAAUAGCCGAGCUUCGCCGAGCGCAGCAUCACGCGCAGGGCAGGGCGGGUUCGGGGUGGAGCCGGGGCUCUGUGAGGCCCGCUUGUCCCUCUCUCUCCCUCUCUUUCCUCCUCCUCGUAUUCCUCUUCUUUGUCCCCGAGACCCUACUCUCGUCUCCCUCCCAAUCCCGACUCCCUGUCCCCGCCGCUUUUUCUUGGCUGUCCCUACCCCGCUACUCCCUUCUGUUCCCCCUCUCUCCCUCCUCUGUCCACCCUCCCUCUACCCCUCUCCCGGGCUUUCCCUUUCCCUCCCGCAUUCCUGCACAGCCCGACCUCCCUCGCCGCCCUUUCUCAUGCCCUGCUCUCGCUCCUGUCUUCCCGUGCCCCGUUUUCCUCUUUGCCCCGCAGCCGCGGGGCUCGGGGUGCCGGAGAAUAAAGGCCCGAGGUCCGGAGCCCGGCGCCGCUCGGUCCUUGCAGGAGUCCCCGCACGGGGCCGGAGGCUCUCGGCGGAUCCCCCCGUGCCGGUCAGACGCCUCGCCCGACAGCGCCGGAGCUGCGGCUUUCCCGGCACGGCGCCGAGAGCGGCCCCCGCUCAGUGCCGCGCCGUGCCCGCCGUCGGUGCCGCUCCCUCUCGCUGCCCCUGGCCCGGGACAGCGAGGCUGGGGAGGAACCUCAACGCUUCUGGGGGCCGCCCCCCCUUUCUUGUUGCAGCAGAAUCCCUUUCUGCGGGCAUGGACGUGUGGAAAGGGCUUGGAGGAAGCGCUGCGCUGCUGUCCGGGGCAGUCGGACUCGUUCUGUGCCUUCUUUAGGGGUCAGGAAAAGGGGGUGAAGACUCGGGGCUCUGAUGCCUUUUGGGGCAUCCCAAGGUCCCCAGGAGAGGGAGCCCCACUACGGUGCAGGAGCGGGACUGCGAGAGCUUCUCACAGGGUCGGGGGGAACACCUGGAUCCGCGCUUGGGUACGUGGAGCAUCGCUUAAAGGAGGUGCCGAGGGGCGAAUCUUUGUGCCGGGGAGCAGCAGCCGAACAGGUCCGUGCUGGUUGCCGUGUCCUCGGUGGGCAGAGAGCUCUGACCUUGGCCGGAUGGGCUGCCAAUUCUGAAGCACUGAGCAGAGAGCUGCCUGGGAGGCAGAGCAGAGCCGAUCUCUGAGAGCUGACACGGGAGCUCUGGUGAGGACAGCUGCUCCCCUGCCUCGGUGUGGGACCUGCUGAGCUCCCGUUCCUGUGGUGGGAGUGUUUCUCCUCUCAUCCAGCCAAGCCAGAGACCUCCUAGAGAAUGGGCAGCAGAGUGCAGCCACCCAAGAAAGGAUUUUUUGUGGCUCAGCCAGAUGUUCUCCUGCCUCCCGCCAAGACCCUGAGAUGGAGCUGAGUUUGCAUUCCAAUUUAUUGGAACAGAGGCUCAUCAGAAGUUUCCUCAGCUAUCUGAGGCACAGAGCCCUGGAGCCAAGUAAGCCUGAGCUGCUGCAUGCUUGCUGUGAGCCUUGGGGACAGCGUGAAGACUGAAAGUGUAAGAAGAUGUGGAGGGAAACAGAGAAUCUGACGGGAGCAUCGAACGCACAAGUGCACAAAUUUUGCUUGGAUUUAAACUCAGAAGUUGUAAGGAAUUUGGGAAUGAGAAGGGACAUUUCAGAAGGAGAAGAAGGAGAAGAAGUUGUUGUUACAGUCCUGGCAUAAUCUUUUGUUCUAGCUAAUAAAGGAAGUUAGUUUAAAUUUAAAAAAAAGAAAAAAAAUGUGGGGUUUUUUUCUUCACUAUUAUAUUCAUUGGUGGUAUAUGGUGUGUUGUUUUAUUUCUUGGUAUUAUUAACUCUGUGUAAAUUGUUUUUUGAGUGAAGCUAACUUUCUGGAUGGGUUGGUUUGUAUUUGAGGUAGGAUUAAUUACAAUAGGUUUCUUUAAUAGAGUUCUGAUAGGUAUUACUUGGAUUUUGGUUUUGUUUGCUGUAUGUAUAAACAUACACAUUUGGUAGGGCCAGCUUGGCUGCUGGAGUUUAGCAAAUGACCUAAAUUGUUUUUUUGUUACAUCCUAUGAUCAGUUUUAGGCAGUGACUUUAUACUGCUUUUAGGAUUUUCUUAUGCAAUGGUGAGAAAAUAGGCAGGUCUGAUACUUGUUUGACUUUUUUUGUACUUAAUGUUUCAUGAAAUUCUGUAAGCCAAGCGAUCUACUGGUUAAACUAUA